AACGGCUGAUCGACUAUAUGUCUGAAUUUUUAAGUUCCCGCGAAUUGAUUCGGAACGAUAAUAAUAAUAAUAAAAUCUAAGUAAAGUUUAAUUAAUUUUAACGAUAGACAAAUACGAAGAAACAUCAUGGAAUCGUGCGGAAUGAAUGUUAUCAAAUACAUCCUCUUUAUUUUCAACUUAAUCUUCGCGAUAUCUGGUAUAGGUAUUAUUGUGGCUGGCGCAUGGGUAUUAGCAGAUGUCGGCGAAUUCGAUCAUUUUAUGGAAAAUAGAAUAAUGGCACCACCUAUAGUACUUAUAGUAGCGGGAUCUAUUGUUUUCGCCAUAGCUUUUCUAGGAUGUUACGGAGCAAUAAAGGAGCAUUACAAUAUGUUGAUUGCGUUUGCGGUCGCAUUGUUAAUAAUCUUCGUAAUUGAGCUCGCGGUGGGCAUAGCGGCGGCAGUGUUUAAAAACGAUUUUAGCAUGGCGAUGAAGAAUACCCUAAAGGAAUCGAUGAAAAAUUAUACGGAGAGUGACAAGCAAGCCUGGAAUAACAUACAGAAAAAGUUGCAAUGUUGCGGUGUGGAUGGUCCUAGAGAUUGGAUCAUCCCGUCAUCAUGUUGCGAUGAGACAUUGUCGAUCUGUCAAAUCGUGACGGCAAAUACAGAAGGAUGCUUUAGCAAGUUGGAAAUGCGAGUUCAAAAUAGCGCGACAAUCUUAAUUGGUGUGGGCAUUGGAAUAGCUUUUGUGGAGAUUGUCGGUAUUGUUCUUGCUUGUUGCCUCGCAGCGGCUAUAAAAAAAGAAAAUGAUAAAUGAAACAAAAUCCAUUAAAUAAUUUAAUUUUAUGCUGUGUCAGACUAAUUGUAAGCUGUAACAUUCGCUAUCUCGUUGAAAUGAAAAUAUGAAUAUUUUUAGCGGCUUAAAAGUAACAAAGCUAAAAGUCCGUUUAAAAGAUUUAUCAACAUCGACGGAUAAGAAGCAUUUCUCAUUAACUAAUUAUUUAUUUCAUUUAUUAAUAUCGCACACUGAUUUUCAGUAAUAUUUUUUAAG